AUGGUUGAGGAAGCAACUAUUGUAGUUCUUGGAGACAUAGGUCAUUCUCCUAGAAUGUGUUAUCAUGCAUUAUCUUUAGCUGAUCAUGGUGUUAAUGUUCAAAUAGUAAGUUAUUUAAAUUCAAAACCACCAUUAAGAAUAGCUGAACAUGAUAAAAUUGAAUUUGUAAAGAUUCCUCCACCACCAGAUUUUAUUACAACAAAAGUUCCUUCUUUAUUGUCACUUAUAUUUAAAUUUAUGUGGACAGGUAUUGUACUUCUAUUUACAUUAAUUUUUUAUACAUCUUUAUGGACAACAUUUAUUUUAAUACAAAAUCCACCAGGAUUACCAGUAAUGGCAGUAUGUUAUUUGGUAGCUAAACUUAAAGGAGCUUAUUUUAUAAUUGAUUGGCAUAAUUAUACAUGGAGUAUCUUAGAUAAUAAAUAUUCAUAUAAUAAUAAGAAUAUUAAAAAAGAAUCUAUUAAUAAUGAAAAUAAAAAUAUAAAAGAAACAAAAAGUUGUAAUAGAUGUAUAUUAAAAUUGAUAAAAGGAACAAUGUGGUAUGAAGGAUUUUUUGGUAGGAGAGCUCAUUUUAAUUUAUGUGUAUCAAAAGCAAUGAAAAAAGAUUUAAUGGAUAGAUGGAAUGUGGAUGCUGAGGUAUUAUAUGAUAAAGCGCCAAGUUGGAAUUUUAAAAGAUUAAUGUCAAAUGAAAGAUGUAAAUUUUUGAAUGAUUUAUCAUAUAAAAAUGAUUUUAAAUUAUUUCUUGAUUCUAAUGGUAAAAGUAAAUUUAUUGAAGGAAAUGACGAUAAUUUAGUUAUGAGAAAUGAUAGGCCUGUUCUUUUAGUUUCUUCUACCAGUUGGACGGAAGAUGAAGAUUUUUCAAUUUUAUUAAAUGCUUUACAUAUAUAUGAUAAUGAUAAUAAUAAUCUUCCAAAUAUUAUUUGUGUAAUAACAGGUAAAGGACCAAUGAAAGAAUAUUAUUUAAAAGAGAUAGAAAAAAUAAAUUUAAAAAAAGUUUUAUUUAUAACACCAUGGCUUGAAGCAUCAGAUUAUCCUAAAUUACUAGGUUGUGCUGAUAUUGGUGUGUCACUUCAUACAUCAACAUCAGGAAUAGAUUUACCAAUGAAAGUUGUUGACAUGUUUGGAUGUAAAACACCAGUGUUGGCUAAAAAUUUCAAUGCAAUUACAGAAUUAGUUAAAGAUGGCUACAAUGGAUAUCUUUUCAAUAAUUAUGAUGAAUUGAAACAAAGAUUAACUUUACUUUUAACCGGUUUUCCAACGUCAUCAACCGGGUUAAAUGAAUUACAUUUCAAUCUAUUAAAUGAAAAUAGUUUAACUUGGGAAAAUAAUUGGAAUACACUUUUUUGGCCAAUUAUUGAAGGGAUUUCAAAAAGAAGAUUUGACAAAGAAGUUGAAGAAAUGGGGUUAGAUAAGGAGAGUGAUAAUAAAAAGGAUAAAUAA